AUACAAGACCACAUCCGAAGUAUUCAACUGAAUGGGUCAGGUUAGCGCCACCGAACAUAGGAUAAAAAAAAUCCAUAAUCAUUGUAACGUAGAUGGACAAAUGCAUAAAUCUUCAUCAAUUAUACCAAUAAUUCCUAACAAUUUGGGCACCACGCUGACACAGCAUUAUGUGUCCUUGUCAUUAUCAAUUGCUAUAAAUACCCAUCUCUCCCCUGCCUCGUUGUAUCUCACGUCCUCUGCUUCUGAUUUGGAUUUUCAAGUUUGAACAAAACAAUAGUGGUAGGUUAGGGGUUGCUGUGCUGCAAUCCCCUUUGCUACUGUUUAAAGCCUUUUGAACAAAACAAGAAAAAAAAGAUGACUGUGGGAGCAGGGAUAUCUGUUGCUGAUGGCAACUUGAUGGUGUUGGGGAAGAAGGUGUUGUCACAUGUUCAUCACAACCUCCUCGUUACUCCUGCAUCUGGGGGUGCUUUGCUCAAUGGGGCAUUCAUUGGUGUUCAAUCCCAUCAAAAGGGUAGUCGCGGAGUCUUCCCUAUCGGCACGCUUCAGGGCUUGCGAUUUAUGUGUGUUUUCCGCUUCAAGAUGUGGUGGAUGACACAGAGAAUGGGCACUUGUGGACAUGAAGUUCCAAUUGAGACGCAGUUCUUGCUUGUUGAAGCACACGAUGGCUCUGAUAUUGAUGGAGGGGUCGGCAAUGGAGAAGACCAUGCUGCUGCUACCUAUGUAGUUUUCUUACCGCUUCUGGAAGGGGAUUUCAGAGCAGUCCUUCAGGGGAAUGAUCAGAACGAGAUUGAGAUAUGUGUAGAAAGUGGUUGUCCUGCUGUUGAGGAAUUUGAUGGCACUCAUUUGGUAUUUAUUGGAGCUGGAUCUGACCCUUAUGAAGUCAUAACAAAUUCUGUCAAGACUGUUGAGAAACACUUACAGACAUUUGCUCAUCGUGAGAGAAAGAAGAUGCCAGAUAUGUUGAACUGGUUUGGGUGGUGUACAUGGGAUGCUUUCUAUACUAAUGUCACUUCAGAGAAUGUGAAGCAAGGAUUGGAAAGCCUUGAGAAAGGUGGAAUUCCUGCUAAGUUUGUUAUAAUUGAUGAUGGAUGGCAAUCUGUUGGCUUGGACCCCAAUGCUGUUGAAUGGAAAUCUGAUAGUGCAGCCAACUUUGCAAAUCGCUUAACACACAUCAAAGAGAAUCACAAGUUCCAGAAAGAUGGCAAGGAAGGUGAACGUGUAGAGGACCCUGCUCUUGGACUACAUCAUAUUACCAGUGAAAUCAAACAAGAGCAUGAUAUAAAGUACGUAUAUGUGUGGCAUGCAAUAACAGGAUAUUGGGGUGGUGUUAAACCUGGGGUUACUGGCAUGGAGCACUAUGAGUCAAAGAUGGCCUUCCCUGUCUCAUCUCCUGGAGUUGAGUCAAAUCAACCAGAUGAAGCUUUGACAACUAUUGCCAUCAAUGGGCUUGGCCUUGUGAAUCCUGAGAAAGUUUUUCACUUCUAUGAUGAACUCCACUCAUAUCUGGCAUCUGCUGGUAUUGAUGGUGUCAAAGUUGAUGUUCAGAAUAUCCUUGAAACUCUUGGGGCAGGACAUGGUGGGAGGGUGAAACUUGCAAGGAAGUACCACCAAGCAUUGGAGGCAUCAAUCUCUAGGAACUUCCCUGACAAUGGAAUCAUAUGUUGCAUGAGUCACAACACAGAUGGAUUGUACAGUGCAAAGCGUUCAGCUGUUAUUAGAGCAUCAGAUGAUUUCUGGCCUAGAGACCCUGCAUCCCACACGAUUCACAUUGCAUCAGUUGCUUACAAUACUAUAUUCCUUGGAGAAUUUAUGCAGCCAGAUUGGGAUAUGUUUCAUAGCUUACAUCCAAUGGCUGAAUAUCAUGGUGCUGCACGAGCAGUAGGGGGAUGUCCUAUUUAUGUCAGUGACAAGCCUGGACAUCAUGACUUCAAUCUUUUGAAGAAGCUUGCACUACCUGAUGGUUCUAUAUUAAGGGCUAAACUUCCAGGAAGACCAACAAAGGAUUGUUUGUUUACUGACCCUGCUAGAGAUGGAAAAAGUCUCCUGAAGAUUUGGAACAUGAAUGAUUUUUCUGGAGUUGUUGGGGUAUUCAACUGCCAAGGAGCUGGGUGGUGCAAUGUUGGCAAGAAGAACCUUAUCCACGAUGAGAAUCCAGGCACUGUCACAGGUGUCAUUAGAGCUAAAGAUGUUGACUAUUUAUCCAGGGUAGCAGAUGAUAAAUGGGAAGGAGACACCAUUAUAUUUUUUCAUGUUGGAGGAGGAGUGGUUUACCUUCCAAAGGAUGCAUCUAUUCCAGUUACCUUGAAAUCACGAGAAUAUGAAGUUUUCACAGUUGUUCCCGUGAAGGAGUUGGACAAUGAAAUAAAAUUUGCUCCUAUUGGUUUAAUGAAGAUGUUCAAUUCAGGAGGGGCUGUAAAAGAGUUGAAUUUGGGGUCUAAUGGAAGUACAAAUGUAGCCAUGAAAGUCCGUGGAUGUGGCCAAUUUGGUGCUUAUUCAUCAUCUCGGCCUAGGUUGAUAACAGUUGAUUCAGAAGAGGUGGAAUUCAAUUAUGAGGAAGAAUAUGGAUUGUUGACUAUUGACUUGAGAGUGCCUGAGAAAGAGUUAUACCAAUGGAGCAUUUCUAUUGAUUUUUGAAUCGGAGAUUUUGUCUCCAGAUUCCGAUGAGGGGGUUAUAGACUUAUAGGGUAUCCAUAGUUGGUGACAAUUUGAUGAAUGUUGUAGAGUAGUGGCAGGAAAUGCUUAUGGUUCAGUGUAACCUACCGGAAGCAAAUUAAUGAAUGUUAUUACAAUGUUUUCUACCUGUUUCUCGUAAUAUAUACGAGAAUGCAGAUGCCCAAGAAAAAUUUCUUGAGCUGGCUUAUAUUUCCUAUUGGCAAGUAAAUCUAAUAGAAACUUUUUAUUAAUAAAAAGUAAUUACACUAUCAUAUUUCACAUGUAAUAAACUUUUUCUUAAUAAAAAAAUUUACUUUUAAUUUUUUAAAUUUAACUUUAAAGAUUGAUGCUAACAAAUUUUUAUAAAAUAACUAAGAAAACUAUUUUUUAAUUGUGGAAUUAAUUAAAGAAAUAUGAUUGACACAGAAAUUCAUAAAGUGUGUAAAAAAAAAAGAAAACGUGAUUUUAUGAGAGAGGUUAAGUGCACAAUUUAUGAUAUAUGAAUGAAACUAAUCAGAAAGGCUUUAAAAAAAAUGAUUAGACACUUGAGAUAAAAUUAAACUAAAUUAUUUUCAGCCUGUUCAUUGAUGUAAAUUCUCCAAAAUCACUUGACAAUUGGCUUUCCAAUUAUUGUACUAUCGUAUAUCACAUUCCUUUACUUUUUUAAAUUGACAAUCGCUCCCAAAUGUUAAAUGCCAAUCCCAUGAUUUCUCCAAAAAAGUCACUGCUAUUGUUUAUUUUUAUUCACUUGACACUCAUGCUGUGUGAUUGUUUUGACAACAAGUAAUAAGUUGAGUUCUGAGAAAAUUGUGAUGGUGCCUUUAGGGUGGAAGCUUCUUGUUAGUGAGGCCCAGAAAGUCAUGUAAAUGUCAUUGCUCUCAAAUCUGGGUCGGUGAUAAUUUGUUUCCCAAUCAAAACUUGCUUAGUGCAAAUAUAUACCACCUUUCCAACAAUCCGAAUCACCCAUUAUUCCAUGUAUAUCCAACCUUCACCUUACCAAACCAAAGAUCAUUUUUUUAAAGGAAAAAAAAACUGUUAAUGAUGUGUCACCAUGUCCAUGUCUGCAUCCAUGCUAUUCACACGUGUAGACACAAAAAGCUGCCACCUUUGAUCUAAAAUUGACACCUUUCAGAACUUUGAAGCAUUAUUCAGCAACUUCACAUGCCUAAAUUAUAAAGUAGUGUAACACUAUCACUGAAACAAAGCAGCAAAACAAAAACCAAUGGCAGAUUACAAUCAACAAGUUCAAUUUGGUCACCAACCACGCCAACUUUCCAUCAUGACGGUGCUAUCUGCAUCAGUGGCAGCUAUAGCCAUAGGAGGACCCAUGUUGGCGAUGAUGGGAUUCAGUUUUUUGGUGUCCACCACGCUUCUUGUGGUGUGUUCACCCCUUUUCUUGCUCUUUAGUCCCUUGCUUGUGGGUGUUGGCCUUGUGUUUGUGGGAACAUUGGUUGGUUUUGCUCUUGCUACGGUUAUGGCUCUCACUGGUCUUUCAAUUUUCGGAUGGCUUACUAGGGAAAUUAGAGUGAGGAUUGGGGGUUUGAGCAAGUUGAGGGAGCAACCCCACAUCAUGAAGAGAAAGAGAGGGGAUUAUUGGACUGAUAAUUUUGCAACAAACACAGCUUAAAGGGUGUAAUUGAAGUAUAGAACCAAAGCAUGGUUAUGGUGUCGGCUGUCAAGUGUUAACUGAUAUUAUUGGAGCACAAGUGAAGAGAGUAUCUAGUCACCUUUUCUGUUUUUUCUGUGUUUUUUUGUUGGGGGUCCAAAUUAAAGAAGGCCCAAAUUCCUUUUUCUUUUGAUGUCAAUGUAGUAAUGUUUGAUGCAGCCUUUUGCUAUAUUAUUUUUAUUUUCUUUUUUUGUUGCCCUGACCCUGAUGUAGGGAAUUGUCUUACCUUCUGCUUUUACUGUUUUAUAUAUAUAUAUAAUGUGUGUUAUAAUAUUGAUGUUUUGAAAACCCUUAACCCGGUUUAAGCUUGGGUGAUU